UGUCAAUACAUAUUGGAACAAUCAUAUUAUUAUCUUAGAUGAAGUGAAUCAUGAAUAUUUGAUAUGAUAGAUAAAUUUCCAUGGUGAAUUCUCAUUCUAAGACUUGGAUUAUAAUCAUGAUGGUUAAAUGAAUGAUUCCUCUUUACUUGAAUAGUAAACUUUAUCUACUAAACAAUAGAUGAUAAUAAUAACAAUGAUCAAUGAAAUUUGAAAUCAAUUCAAUGAAUUCAAUAGAUUCAAUAAGAAAUAAAUUAUUAUUCCCUACAGGUAUAUCAAAUCGUAUAUCAUCUAUUCAAUCCAUAUUAAAAGAUACGACUUGUCCAAAUACUAAAAUGUUUAUGUCACAUGAAGAAGCCUUAGUUACAUUAACUGAAAGAACAUCUUAUCCAAUAUUACAAGAGAAUGGUCAACGUUGUUAUGGUCCACCACCAAAUUGGUUAGGACCAAAACCUCCAAAAGGUUGUGAAAUAUUUAUUGGGAAAAUACCACGUGAUUGUUAUGAAGAUGAAUUAAUUCCAAUAUUUGAAUUAGUUGGUCAAAUUUAUAUGUUUCGUUUAAUGAUGGAUUUUAAUGGAUUAAAUCGUGGUUAUGGUUUUUGUUUAUAUACAAAUCGUGAUAAUACAAAACGAGCUGUAAAUGAAUUAAAUAAUUAUGAAAUACGUAAAGGUAAAAUGUUAGGCGUUUGUUAUAGUAUUGAUAAUUGUCGUUUAUUUAUUGGUGGUAUACCAAAAACAAAAACAAAACAUGAAAUAAUGUUAGAAAUAUCCAAAAUAACGAAUGGUGUAAAAGAUGUUAUUGUUUAUCCAAGUAUAGAAGAUAAAACAAAGAAUAGAGGAUUUGCAUUUAUUGAAUAUGAAAAUCAUAAAACAGCAGCAAUGGCUAGACGUAAAUUAAUACCAGGACGAAUACAUUUAUGGGGUCAUCAAAUUGCAGUGGAUUGGGCAGAACCAGAACGUGAAAUUGAUGAAAAUAUUAUGUCAAAAGUCCGUAUACUAUAUGUUAGAAAUUUAAUGUUAGAUACAACAGAAGAUGCGGUGAAGGAUCAUUUCAAUCAAGCAAUUAAUUCAAUUAAUGCUGUUGAACGUGUUAAAAAAAUUCGUGAUUAUGCUUUUGUUCACUUUCGUGAUCGAUUAGAUGCUGUCGCAGCGUUAAAACAAUUAAAUGGUACUUUACUUGAUGGAGCACAAAUUGAAGUGUCUUGGGCAAAACCUGUCAAUAAAAAUGAUAAUUUAAGAACAAGUCAUCAUUGUCAAUCAUUUUUAACAAUCAAUUCAAACUAUACUAAUCAUAAUAAUAGUAGUAUUAAUUAUAAUAAUAUAAGUUUAUCAGAAUAUACUCAAAAACAAGCCUUAUCAUUGUUCUCAACAUCAUCAUCAUCAUCAUCUUUGUCAUUAGUCGGUUCAUCUAAUACAGUCAUCAUACCGUCAACUUCAUCAGAACUAUUCUAUUCUAAUGCAUUAACAAAUAAUAUACCUUUACAACAAUUACAUCAUUCUAACUUAUAUCCUUUUACAUCAAUAAUUAAUCAGUCAAUCAUAACAUCUAAUUCAUAUCAUUCAUAUUAUACUCCAAAUGUGUUCACACAAACUAAUCUACAUAAACAUCAAACUCAAUGUAAUCCAUUAUUUAAUCAUACUAUAAAUCCUAAUUCAUUAUUAUCCAAUUAUACCAUUUCCCCAUCAUUACCAUCAUCAUCAUCAUCAUCAUCUACGAUGUCAAUUGUUAAUCCAAUGAAUACAUCGUCUACAAUGAAACAUUUUCAUCAUGAUAUCAGUAAUAAUAAUAAUAAUUUAAUCAAUAAAUCAAUCAAUAACAAACCAUCAUUAACAUUGAAUCAAAUUUGUUUAAAUGAAUUAUGUCAUUCAAUUACAAAAUUGAACAUUGAAAAGAAUAAACUUAAAAAUGAUUUAACAUUGAAUACAGACUAUAAACAAUUAAAACAAUUGAAUCAAUUAAAUCAAAUAAUAUUGAAAAAAUGUAAUCUAUUAAAUGUAAAGAAAGAUAUUAGUUCUUUCGAAACAAAUACUUCAUUACAACCUUCAUUACUUUCAAACCAAAAGAAUUCAAACGAUUGUUCAUUCGUUUUAAAUACUGAAAGCGUUAACCGAUUGAAUAUUGACCAUUCCAGUAUAGAUGGUCAGCAGAUAACAAAUGCUAAUAAAUUAUUAAUAGAUAUUUGUAUCAAAAAUGGACUUGGUUUGCCAAACUUUACUAUUCUGAUACAAAGUUGUAUUGAUCAAGUCUAUGGAAAGAGAAUGAAUCUAUACAUUGGACAAGUCUUUUUACCAAUGAUCAAUCGUCAAUUCACUUCUAAGUAUCCAUCAAUCACUAUGGAAAAAUCAUUACAAUCAGUUAGUGAAUUAGCAAUUAUUUGGCUAGUAAAUGAUUAUUUCAUACGUAAUAAUAAUAAUAAUAAUAAUAAUAAUAAUAAUAAUAACGGUAUCUAUAGUAAUGGUGAUGGUUAUAGUUUAUCUAAUGCUAACAAAGUUAUACAUAAUGAUCAUCAUUAUGAAAGUAAGUUAUCCAAUACUUCUAAUCAUGAUUUGAUCAUGUGUAGUAUGAAUGAUCAUCAUAAUAAUAAUAAUAAUCAUUCAACUACAUCUUUGAAUUACACUAAUCCGAGGACAUACAUUUCAUCAUCUUCAUAUGAUCAUACAUUUGUAUCUUAUUCUUUACCGAUAUCAUUGAAUCAAUCUACAAAGAAUUAUCAUUAUAGUCAUUCAUCUAUUCAUAAUCAAAAGGAUCAAAUUCAUUUUAGAUCACCAUUAACCAUUUGUACAGAUUUCAAUCAUCAUGAUCCUAAUGAAUCUUUUAAUCAUUAUGAUUUUGAUCCAGAUCAGUCAAAUUUCAUGUUUGAUAUAGAUAGUAAUAAUAAGAAUAAUCAUAAUAGUUAUGGAUUUAAAACAGAUUUAUACUUAAACAGAACAAUCAAUAACAUUGAACCAAUUUCAUCAAAUCUACUAACAUCCUACCAAAAUACUCAUAACUUUCAAGUAUCUAUACAAAAUAAUCAGAAUUCAAUUGAUGAUAAAUUGUUAAAUGAUAACACUGAGGAUAUUGAUGAUAUAAAUUCAUUUUUCAAUAAAAUCAAAAUCGAUGAUGAUCAAUUGAAUGAUCCAAAUUAUGAAUUAUCCAAUAUCAAUUAUAUGAAUGAAAGAACAUUGAUACCAUUUACUUCAUCAUAUGAUUAUAAUAAUGAUAUAAAAAUGUCUAUGCAAACUAAUCACGUUGUGAAUCAUGAUACUACUCAUAUUGAUACUACUCAUAUUACUCUUACUACUAAUACUACUUCAACUAUAAGUAGUAAUAAUAAUAAUGGUAAUGAUUAUAGUUAUGAUAAUUAUCAAUUACAUAAUGGUAUCAGUUUUCUAUUGAACACAGAAUCUAAUAAUGAAACAACUUUCAAUAAACCAAUCGAUUCAUCUACUCAUCAAAUAAGUAAUAUAGAAAAUUUCAAUGACAAUAUAUAUAAGUAUAUAGAUGAUGAAACAUUGAAAUGUAUAAACCUUAGUGAUAAUAAUAAAAGUACAAAUAGCUUAUUACAAAAUACAUUUGAAAUGAUGAUGAUGAUGAUGAUGCACACUUCAAAUGAUACAAAUAAUACAAUGUAUAAUCAUAGAUCUAGUUUAAAUAAUUCAUUGAAUGAUUUUGAAAUGAUGCAUAAUGCGUUUCAUAGUUCACAAUUAUCCUCCUCCUCCUCAUCAUCAUCAUCAUCAUCACUAUCAUCACCAUCUUCAUUUUGCUCCUCCUCGCCCUCCUCAUCAUCAUCGUCCCCUUCAUCAAUUACAUCUUUAUUAAAAUGAAAACAUCAAUAACUAUUCCAGAAUUUAUUCAUUCUAUUUCAUUGAAUCAAAAUCAAUAGUUAUAAGAUUCAUAGAAUCAAGUUAUCUCUAUAUAUCUCCUUAUUGAUAAUAAAGAAAACACUUACCUAAAAAAAUUCUUUUUUUUCGACAUAACGAUCAGAAUUGCAUAGUAAUUAAUUGAAAUUUUAUUUUGUGUUUGUUUUCUUUCUUUUGACACCGUUUCUUUCUUCUUUAAUUACUAAUUAAUAUUGAAUUGAACUAAUAAACAAAAGAGACUAUCAAUAAAAUAAAAUAAAAAAAGAAACAUUUUUUUCCACAUUUUUUUUGUAAACUCUUUUAUUUAAAAUGUAAUCAAAGUAUUAAAAAUAAUAACAUGAACACAUAAAGAACAUCUUUCACAUGUUGCCAUGGUAACACAAGUUCGUUUUUUAAAUUUACAUCUUUAUUUCAACCAUUGUAUCAAAUUUCAAUAUUGGCGCUGACAUGUUCAAUGUUUCAAUAUAUACACUAUAUAUGUAAUACAUUUGAAAUAUUCUAUCAUCUUUACACGUUAUAUUAUGUAUAGUAAUAAUGUAUGAAUUCCAUUAAUUUUAUAGAAUCCCCUAACAAAAACCAAUGAAAUUUACAAUCAAUUCACGAGUUUAGUUUUCUUUUUUCUUUUCUUUUUUUUAAAAAAAACUUUCUCUCUUGUUUUAAUGUUACUCUGGGUUUUUUUUCGUUGUUUUUGUUUUACUUGUGAUAAAAUGGUUAGUUCCAUGUUGAUUUUGUUCAUUCUUUUAUCUACUGAAUAUCAUACUUUGUUGUUUUCUGUUGAUCUAUGUAGUUUUUUUUCUGUUUUCAUAAUAAGUAAUAUAAAAU